AUGCAAGCGAUUUUUAUAUUGUGCGCACUCCUUGUAUGCCUGCUAGUAUUAUUGAGAUUAAGUUGGAGCGGCGGAAGUUCGGAGAGCCAGGACGUGACCACCACGAAUCCCAAGUUUCUAGUACACAAGGACUCCCAUUCUUCAUAUGAUUGGUCCAACGAUGAAAUUAGGAACAGAGCAAAGGAUAACGAUUUGAAUGUCAUCACUGGAGAAGAACUUUUGAAAUCAAAAGCAAGAUUUCAAAAGCUUCUAAGCAUUCUGAGGCGACAACCAAAUAAGGAUAAUUAUUCUAUAGAUUUACCCGGUCAAUUUGAUGACACCAGUGAUCCAUCAAAUGCAGAAGAUACAACUAUCUUUUGUAAUCCAAUUCUUGACGAAAACUGCUACCCAGAUUCUAUUGGACCAAGACUAAGCGCCACUCUACUAAAGAUCCUUGCAUAAAUUGACUGAUCCAUAGAUCUACAUUAAUCGGAACUAAUUCAGAAAAAAUCUAUUUACCUAUAAUUAUUAAGCUAUUAAUAUUACUAAACACUUUAAUAUACAUAUGUGUCCAC